AUGGCGCAUUUAAAAGUGACAGUUAUAGUGUUGUGUGUGUGUUCUGUGUUUGUGUCUGUGGCGGGUCACGUGGCCCUGACGUAUCCCCCGGCGAGGAAGUACGACUUGGACUUCCUGGACAACUCCAGGACGAAGCCACCAUGUGGAAUGCCUAAAGGUUCAAUAAAGACGACAUUUUUAGCGGGGUCCACAUUCACAGUGCAUUGGCAUUUGGCGUACGCACAUCGAGGAGGAUUUAGUUUAAGAAUAUUGGAUUAUUUAGAACGACCUUUACUAGAUUUGACGCCCAGAGCCGGUGGUUCAGAAUUUGUUCGAGAUGAUACUACUGCUCAACAAUACGAAGUGCGGCUGCCGAGCGACUUCACGUGCGAGAACUGCACGCUGCAGCUGCAGCGCGAGGCGGCCGAGUGGGGCGCCAACUACCGCUUCUGGAGCUGCGCCGAUAUUGAUGUGGUUGCACGCAAAGACUACCACGAGACGUGUUCGGGGCACGGCUUCCACAUCCUGGGCCGCUGCAAGUGCCACAAGUCGUACAGCGGGCCCAAGUGCCAGUUCGCGGAGGAGUGCGCCGAGGACGGCGACUGCGGCCUGCGCGGCAAGUGCGUGGCGCUGCGCGGCGCCGGCGCGCCCGCCAGGACGUGCUACUGCCUGCACGGCUUCUACGGGAAGGGGUGCAACAAGAAGGCACCUUGGAAAGACAAAAACAUAAACUUUGAACAAUACUCCAAAAAGCAACUAUCUAAAGAUUUCGCUCUCUACUGGCGGGUCAUCAAAGAUGAAGCUGAAAUAGAAUUCGUCAUGAUCGUCAAUGGGACUUCUUAUGCCGCACUCGGAUGGAGACCUAAAGGGUUGAAAAAAGAAUGUAGGAACUUCCCAGUUCUCGGACCACCUCUCACUGGACCAAGUACACAAGCUCCAGAACCGCUUCCAGAACCUGAACCAAAAUUCGAAUCAAAUUCAAAACCAGAACCAGAACCAGAACCGUCUCCCGAGCCAAAAUCUGAACCAGAACCAACACCAGAACCUAAGUCAGAACCAGAACCAAAACCUGAACCAGAACUAGAGCCAAAAGCUGAGCCUGAACCAAACCCAGAACCAACAUCUGAACCAGAACCGACAUCUGAACUAAACUCAGAACCAAAAUCACAGGAUUUAAAUAUGAGUGACAAUAGAAACAAGAGAGUUGCGAUGCAUACUUUAGAUGGUUUUGAUUUUAAAAACCUAGGCAAUGACGUGACUGUGAAAACUAGCAUUUCAUAUAAAGUGUCGAGCUCGAAAGGUCGUAAGAAACGUGCUGCUUCUGAAGUAGACAAAACAAAUGAAACAACUAUAAUAGACAGUGAGACAGAAAAUUAUCCUUCCCCAGUGCCUGAACCCGUGUCUGAACCAAAGUUAGAACCUAAGUCUAAAAAUAAGUCCAAACCAAAGUCUAGACAGUUAACGAACGACGACGAUUCCGAUUUUGAACCCCAAAUUUCACCAGAACCCAGUUCAGAACCUGAACCGACAUCUGAACCUGAACCGACGUCCGAACCUGAACCUUCCCCAGAACCAAAAUCAAAACCUGAACCAUUCCCAACAUCCAAAUCCGUUCCUGAACCCUCUGCUGAACCAGAACCUUCAGCAGAACCAAAAUCUGAACCUGAGCCUUCUCCAGAGCCAAAAUCUGAACCUGAACCAUCACCAGAACCAAAAUCUGAACCUGAGCCUUCCCCAGAACCAAAAUCUGAACCUGAGCCUUCCCCAGAACCAAAAUCUGAACCAGAACCUUCUCCAGAACCUAAAUCUGAACCUGAACCCUCACCAGAACCAAAAUCUGAACCUGAACCCUCACCAGAACCAAAAUCUGAACCUGAGCCAGAACCUUCUUCCGAACCCGAACCAUCUCCUGAACCAACAUCUGAACCCUCUCCCGAACCCGAACCCAAUACAGAAGUGGAUUCAGAAAAUCUGCUAGUGAAGGGACUUACCGAAGAAUCAGGCUACUUCCCGGCGCACGAGUACGCGCCGCGCCACGACUUCAGCGCCAUGGACUGCGCCGACGUGGUGGCGGGCGCGGCGCGCGGCGCCUACCACCGCGUGCUGGACUACUACACGCGCGACAGAUCGACUCCGCGAGUGGACACGUUCUGGGGCGGACACGACGACAUCACCGCCGCGUCCGGGUUUGAAGAGAACAAUGUCACUACCAUUAUGUUUAGAAGGAAAAUUAAGGCAAAGGAGCCCACCGACCACUCGUUCGUGGACGACGCCAUGCACGUGAUCUGGGCGCGCGGGCAGGAGCGCGGCCGCGCCGGCUUCUACCAGGCGGACGACCUCAAGUACCACGGGCACGGCGCGCAGCGCGGACUGCUGCACAUCAACUUCUUCGAGGAGGCCAAGCCGCCGUCGGCGGGCGGCGUGACGGCGCUGGCGGGCUGCGGCGCGCAGUGGGCGCGGCCGGCGGGCUGCGACGCCGGCGCCGGCGCCUGCGCCUUCGUGGCGCAGUGGCGCUACCUCGGCCGCGACAACGUGCGCUUCACCAUCGUCACCAACGAGACCAAGUCCUGGACCGGCAUCGGCUUCAGCAAGGAUAAGAAGAUGUCGCAGACGGACGCCGUGGUGGGCUGGCUGGACCCGCGCAGCGGCCGCGUCUUCCUCAUGGACGCGUGGCUCGGCGGCUACUCCGCGCCGCGCCUCGACGCGCGCCAGGACGUGCGCCGCGCCGCCGGCCGCCUGGUGGACGGCCGCGUGGAGAUCAGCUUCGAGCGGCGCCGCGACACCGGCGACGAGAAGGACCUGGCGUUCACGGACCAGCAGUGCCUGUACAUGAUGUUCGUGACGCAGGGCGGCGGCUUCGACCCCGUCAACAAGCGCACCAGCAAGCACGCCGCCGUGCCCGUCGUGACAGACGACCCCGUCUGCAUACGCGCCUGCGGCCCCGAGUCGAGCGAGGACGAGACCACGACGGAGGCGGCGGCGCCGGGCGCGAGGAGCUACGGCGUGCUCGUGCGCAUCACGGAGCUGGCGGACAGCUUCCGCCCGCCGGCACCAGGCAGCCAGGAGUUCGAGGAGCUGGCGCGGCAGCUGUCCGCCGCGCUCGCCGCGCGCCUCGCCGCCACGCCCGGCUACCGCGGCCUCGACGUCAACGGGUUCAUGCAAAACGAAACAAAGGCAAUAAUCGCGGAUCUGACGCUGAAGUCGGUAGAGUCCGCCUCGGAGGGCGACGGCACGGACGAGGACAAGUGGGCGGCGGCGCUGCGCGCGGCGCUGGCGGGCGGCCGCGUCGGCGCGCUCGCCGUGGACCCGCUCUUCCUCGCCUUCGAGGCGCCCAAGACGUCGAGCGUGCCCGCGGAGGGCGGCGCGGGCGGAGACUCCGCCCCGCUGCUGGGCGGCGCGCGGCUGUGGGUGGUGGCGGGCUGCCUCGCCGCGCUCGUGGCGCUCGCGCUGCUGCAGGCGCUCUGCACGCUCGCGCGCGCCCGCGCCCCCCGCCGCGACCAAUUAAUACCGGCGGCCGCAUGGAAGGACUACGCGUCGGCGAACACGAACUACGCCUUCGAGCCGUUUGAGAACGACGACAAGUACAACAGCACGUCCACGCGCGCCCCCGCGCGCCCCGCCGCGCCGCCGCCGCCGCGCCCCGCCGCCGCGCGCGCGCCGCGCCAGCACAGCAUGACUCUCAACCGACACGACAUGGCCGUGGCCAAUAGCAGACACGACAUGCCUAACAACAGACAUGACAUGACCAAUAACAGGCAUGGUAUGGCCAAUGGUAGACAUGACAUGGUCAAUGGCAGACAUGACAUGACCAGUAACCACAUGAACGGGCACAAAUCGCCCAGUAACGGCUACGCCACGGGAAGGAAGACCCCAAACGGCAGUAAGAAGUUCCCGAAUAGUGCAGCUCAGUUCUACCACGAGACGAGGUCGCUACAGAGGCCUCGCUCACACUAUGGGUACGGCGCCGACGACGUGGACGCGCCGGGGGGCGCCGGCCGUGGGGGCCCGGCGGGCAUGGGGGGCCCCGGCAGCGCAGGGGGCCCGGGGGGCGCGGGGGGCCCCGGCAGCUCGCUGUCGCUGCCGCGCUCGGCGCAGCCCGACUUCUACUUCAUGCCGUCGCAACGCAAGCACGAAGUUAAUAACUGCCAUAAAAAGAUUUCUGAACGAGAGUUUGACGACACC